AUGCACUCCCACCUCGCUACCUCCAUCUCCAUCGCCCUUCUCACCCUCCUCCCUACAGCUCUCUCCCACGGCCACCAGGUCCCCAUUUCCGACGACGCCGACUGGGCAACGCGUCAUAUGGCCGAAGAACAUCACAUUACGAAUCUCGAUCCCUCCGCUUUCUUUACCUUGCACGACUAUGAUUCGUCCGGCCAAUGGAGCCCCGACGAGAUCCGACGAACGUACGGGCUAGAUGACGAGAGCGCUAAGGAUGUGCCGCAGGAAAAGAAAACAAACGCUGUACAAGAGGUUAUAGGGAUGUUUGACGAAGACGGGGAUGGGGCCAUUAGUAGGGAGGAGUGGAUGGAUGGGUGGGUGAAGCAUGGGAAGAGGUUGCCGGACUUUGGGACUGGACCCGGACAUCAUGGCGAUGACGAGUAUGAGUACGAAAUCCAUCAUUUCGAGAAGUUUCAUGAUGAGAAUACGAGAGAAGAAGACCUCACGCAUCCUGAAGACAUCGCCCAUUUCCGAAAACAUGAUGAGAUGGAUGCUCAGGCAGAGUACCAGGAGCAAAUGGACCGAAUGCCCAUAGUGGAGCAGAACAUACCCCAGAAGUUUCGGCGGUACUAG